GGAAUAGAUAUGAGUUGAAAAAAAAAUAGCUGCUGUAUUGUUUAGCUUUGUCAAUAACGAGACGUGCCUCUGUCAUGACGUCGUUUGCCGGAAACAUUUAGCUGUCACACACCCCGGAAAUAUACGGUUCAGCAUGGCUUUGGAACACCUGAAGUGUAACAGUGACGAAGCUCUGAUGGUCCAGCGUGGCUGAAGGGACAGUUAACAGACUCCACGUACUUAGACCAUAUAAUACAAAAUAUUUUGCCGAAAGUGGCCAUAAUGUCAAAGGUGAAGGCAAAGAAAGCAGCCUCUCCAACUAAAACACAGCAGCCCGUAUCUAAAAAUACAAACAACACUGUGAAAAGGAAAAAGAAACACUGGUUUGGAAAGAGGUUUAAAAAGAAAAAGCUUCUAUCAAACGACCAAGGAAAAGUGCAACCUCCAAAAGAUGCUCAGCAGUUCUCUGCCAACUGGAAAACACUACAAGAGAUGUUAAAAGCCAGUCAGCCAGAGAAGAAACCGCCUGUGAAACCAAAACAUCAGAACGGUGCUCUGCAAAAAAAGGGGGCUAAAGAAGUUUCUUCCAAAAGUAUUUCCAAGAACAAUACCAGUCCCAGGCAGACAGACACUGGGAAAAAAGUGAGGCACAAAACUGUGUCAAACAGUGUUGCCCCCAAGGUUCCAGCUGUCUCACAGACAAGACAGUCUACUGCUCCAAAAAGGAAAGGGAACAGUGGAGAGUCACACAGCGAGCAAGCAGCCAAGAAGAAGAAGUCUGUGGUUGAAGAGACGAAACCUACAGACGAGGACCUUUGGUUUGAUGAUGUGGACCCUGACGACAUUGAGGCGACAAUUGGAGCAGAGGCAGCAGAGAUCAUGAGGAAGAAGCAGGGCAUUCAGAAGAGGGAGGCAGAGAGCGCCCUGGUCAAGGAGAAUGCCUUUGAGGGUCUCACCAGAGCUGUGGCCAUUGAUUGCGAGAUGGUGGGAGUCGGUCCUGACGGAGAAGACAGCAUCUUGGCGCGCGUGUCCCUCGUGAACCAGUUUGGGAAAUGCAUCUAUGACAAAUUUGUAAAACCCACCGAGAAGGUGACAGACUACAGGACAGCUGUCAGUGGCAUCCGACCAAAGGACAUCAAACAUGGAGAGGAUGUACGGACUGUGCAGAGGGAGGUAGCUGAGAUCCUGCAAGGCCGAGUAGUGGUUGGACAUGCCAUACACAAUGACUUAAAGAUUUUACUCUUGGAUCAUCCAAAAAAGAAAAUCCGGGACACUCAGAAGUAUAAACCCUUUAAGAAGAUUGUUAAGAGUGGUCGACCCUCGCUGAAAGUCCUCUGUAGAGAUAUACUCAACGUUAAGAUCCAGCAGGGCGAACAUUCAUCUGUCCAAGAUGCACAGGCCACCAUGAGGCUGUACACUAUGGUGAAAAAACAGUGGGAAGCAGAGAUUAAAGCCAGUCAGAAGAACAAAGACCCAGACAGGAAAAAUCAGAGAAAGCCCAAAUUGCCUAAAAACAAGGGCAAGAAUCCUUUGGUAUAAUGAAUUCAAAGCCAAUCUGCAAGAGGACAGAUCAUCUCUGGAUAAGAGCAGACCUGUCUGAGAUGAUCAAAUGUUUGGGUUGGUUUUUGGAUGACAAAGAAACCACAAGCAGACUUUUGAAAGUAACAGAUGGAACACAUGACAGUAUGAUACUCAUGAGUUUAUGUAAGAUCUAUCACAGCAGUUCCUCAAAGUGAUGAAAAACAAACCAUUCAGAAUACCAAGGAAGAUUUCUGUAAAAAUGUGUGUGUUUUUUUUUGGUUUGUUUUCUAAGUAUUUUUGUCGGCCCAAGCCUCUCACUUCCAGGAUGUGAAAGACUUGAUUGUUUUGGCGGAUUUGCCAAGGCUUUCGUAAACCCAGGACUGUUUAGCCUGUGCAUCUCAGGCUGUGACUCAAACAAGUAUUAAAACAUCUGCGAGAUCUUGAAGCCUUUAUUUACACUGAACCUUUCAGCCAUUUCCUUCUUAUAUAUAUAUCCAGGCAUCAUUUCCCAACAUGUUAUUCCCAGCACCUGGUGGCAGGGUUCAAAUCCUGCGUCUCCCAAUUUAGUCAGCAGAGUGCUCGUAAGAACUCAAAAUCAGGUGUCCACAACCACACAAUGCACUGGUGACGUAUUGUUUUUGCAUUAUGGUUCCAGUCUUGUAUAAGUUCUCUAGAACUUGGGUCUCUCGUGACUCAGUUUGUAACAAUUUGAUUUCUGGUUGCCUAAAAGCUGUAUUUUUUAAAACUAUGAAUAAAACAUAAGAAUUUA